UAAAAUAUCAAAUGAAAUUAGUUUUCCUCUUUCCUCAUCUUCUUCUCUCCCAUCCUCUCUGUCCAAAACCCUAAAACCCAGUUUCGAAACCAAUCGCCAUUGUCAUGAAUCUUCCUCCGACUAAACCAAGUCUUCUGCCGCUGGACACUGCCCUCAAUCCGGAAUGUGCCCACUGUGCCUCUAAGGACAGCCGUCUCUUCCACCGCCUCUGGAUUCGGGGCAUGAGCCGCCGCGUCUGCACUUCCUGCGUCCUCCUCCUCCACCCGUCUUCCUUCUGCCCCUAUUGCUUCCAAUUUUUUGACCACCCUCUCUCUAAUACCUCCGCCCCUGCUCACCGCUUCCUGUCCUGCACCAAAUGCUCCUCACUCACUCACCUCGAUUGUCUCCCUUCGCCUCUGCCUUCCUCCCCUUUCCUCUGUCCACCUUGCUCUCAACCAAACUUCUCUUUUUUCCCCGAUUCCAUCUCCUCCCUGGACAAACGCCAUGCCCUCAUCCUCCUCUGUGCCUGUAAGGUUGCCUCCGCCGCCGCUUCCAAGUCUCUCGCCCUUGCCCGGACUAGAGUUGAGCGAACUGUCCGCGAGGCUGCCCUGGCGAGAAAGAGGGCACGGGACUCUUUGGACCAUUGCUCCAUUCUUGACAAGAUUAAGCGGCUGGGCCUUGAGGGCACUCUUGAGGUUUCUAAUGCCAGGAAUUUGGGAACACAUCAUAAUAAUGUUGUGUGUAAAAAAGAGGAGUUAAAUAGUUUCACAGGACAGAGUAAGGUUAAUGUUAAGGGACCUUCUGAGGUGCCGCUCUUGCCUCGUCCUGUCAUUAAAAGUGGGAAUAAUGAAGGCAAAUUAUUGACUCGAUAGAGGAGUUGAUAGGCUAGGAUAGUUGAUGUUGCCUCUACCAAUAUUUUGUAAGUGGCACUGGAAAAACAUUCAGAUUUAUCCAAGGUAGAAGAAGCUAGCGACUGUGUUCUGAUUUUCAGUUGUGGUGGAAUUAUGAGCAAUUGGUUCAUUUUUCAUUGGAUAUAUAUACCCUUGUAAAGCUUCCUUAGUAAUGUGAUUAUGCAAUUUAAGUGCUAUAAGCUGUAAUUACUUCAA